CCUUCUCUUUUGCUCUAAUAACUUCUUCGUCUGCGUGUGCCUUUGGGCUCUCAGUCACUCCUUUUUCAAUAGGCAUCAAGGUUGUCUGCCGCUCUUUUAGCAAGUCGUGAAAUUCAUCUCGAUCCAAAAUAACCGGAAAUCAUCCAGAUACCGUACGUAACCGGUGAAGGACAAUUCGGUCCUGAAAUAUCAGACAGCAACGACGAACCAGCUACCAGGACAGUAAUAGUGGCAGUGUCGGGCAAGGCAGACAUUUGAGCUCGAUAAGUGUGGUGGGAAGAGAUUCAGCCACUCUUGAGAAGAAUCAAAUUUGCAACCAGAAUGAGGACGACGAUAUUCAAGUCCUCGGCAAUGCCACAUCUGUUGGUAUUGGUGUUCAUGAUGUCGCUGUGCCUUGACACGACCAUGGCCGUACCACACGGUGCAGGCCGCCAUUUCCGGCUGGGCGAUGCGAUUCGAACAUAUCUCUCGACGGCAAGAUCGACGCCGGCAGAUUCGUCGUUUCAACCUCAGCCGCAAUACAUUACGCUCACACCGCCCAUAAGACAGCUGCAAACACAGAACGAGGUUGAGGUUGAAGCUUCGUUAUUGACAGCGGAAGAGCUGCCUUGUAGGGGGGAAUUCGAGGAAGGGGCGGACCCGAAUCCCAUCGUUGAGGACUGGAAGGCGUGGAAGCAGCAAUUUGGCAAACAGACCAAGGAGAGGAGCUGUCGAUUGCAUAAGAAGGGUUGUGCUAGUAUUCGCAAGAGGAGUUGAUGCGCAGGCGCAAGGCUGUAAUCCACAGGUCGGAUAAAGGCAGGAAAGCAUGAGGCCCAACUCAGAGAGAGAUGAUCAUGGGUAUAGAUAGGACUAGAUCACAGCCAUAAGCUUGAAGUUGUUGCUCUUUUCUCACUCUUGUUUGACACCCACCUCAUCCUUCUGUGUCUGAGCGAGUGGGUGCUCUUGAAGCUGGAGAGCACCAGCAUUUUACCGGAUUGUCUGCAGAAGACUGGAUGAUGAAGUUUGCUUGAAGAAGUGAUGAAGUGGAAUGAUUGUUG